GGAAAGAAUCCGGAAGCGUCUUAGAGAAAAACAAAACACGAGAAGAGGACACGUCGGUCGUUAACCAAAACACUCUGUUGUUUCAUUUGAGCUUUAGUUAAAUAUAUCCCAGUGAAUUGUACACUGCAUAAUUGUGUUUGCUUUUAUCGUCUUCAUCCCUGUGUUUGUUCAUCCUAACAGUCGAAUGGAGAAAGAUCCGUGUGUAGUUUUAGCUACAGAGAGGUAUGGCAGUGCAGAAUCCUGGAAGUAUUUAGCAAAGGAUGGAGUGAUGGAGAGGAGGAGAGAUGGGGCUGAAGGCAAAUCGAGAGGAAACUCUGUUGUUGGAGUUUUUAAAAGUGUCUUCCUGCCUCAGGGCUAUCCAGAGAGUGUCAGUGACGAUUAUCUGCAGUACCAGUUUUGGGAUACAGUACAGGCUUUCUCCAGCUCCCUCUCAGGGACUCUGGCCACUCAAGCUUCACUCAAAGGUGUUGGUGUAGGAAACCAAGAGGCGACAGUAGCUGCAGCUACAGUUACCUGGUUAUUAAGAGAUGGAACCGGCAUGUUGGGAAGAAUCCUCUUUGCCUGGCGGAAGGGGAAUAAGCUGGACUCUGAGGCCAAAAAAUGGAGACUUUUUGCUGACGGUCUCAACGACAUUGCCAUGUUCAUGGAAAUAUUGGCUCCUUACUUUCCUGCUUUCUUCACCUUGAUUGUGUGCACUGCAGGAGUAUUCAAGUCUAUUGUUGGAGUAGCAGGAGGUGCCACCAGAGCUGCUCUGACUGUUCAUCAGGCUCGCAGAGACAACAUGGCCGAUAUCUCUGCCAAAGAUGGCAGUCAGGAGACUUUAGUGAACCUGGCUGGACUGUUGGUCAGUUUGAUACUCAUUCCACUUGUCACUGACAAUCCGGUAUUGACUCUCAGCCUCUUCUUCCUCUUCACCCUCCUCCAUCUUUUUGCCAACUAUAAGGCUGUGCGUUCAGUUGUCAUGGAAACCUUAAACGAGGCACGGCUUUCCAUCAUGUUACAGCAGUACCUGAGCGGCAAACAAAUCCUGAGUCCACUACAGGCCAAUCAGAGAGAACCUGUCUUCUUCGAGUUUGGGAAAACUGUCCCAGUCAGACUCGGAGUUAGGCUGCAAGAGGUUGUACAGAGCCCAGAUGAGCUUAAUUUGGCUUUGAAGGAAAACAACAUGCCUUACCUCUUGGGAGUCAGAAAUGGCUGCGUAUGCGUUUGUUUGGGACCGGAAGCAUCAGUACACGAUGAGAUCAGAGCAAUGUGCCAGGCUGUGUGGCUCAGCGGCAUGUUGAGUCGUCCAGCAUCCAAAGAGCCUAAACAGAAAAGUCCAUGGGAAAUGGUGCAUGAGAGUCACAAGCUGAUGGAUGGCAUUUUCAAUCCAUUCCUCAAAGGUAUUGAAGCUGCAGGAUGGGAUGUAAAGCGAACUCUGCUGAACUGGGAUGAGUGGAGAGUUGAGUGGAAGACUAAGAGCCACUGAGCAUCCAUUUCUCACCGUUUAUAUAUCGUUGUAUGUUUAUUAAAACAAUUAUAUUUUCAAGAA